GUAACCUGACAGCUCAUCACCAGGAGUUGUUCUACAGGAAUCCCGGCUUUUCUGGAGUCAGACUUCCAGAACAUUCUGGCCGAGUCCCAUUGGAUCAGCGCUUUCCUACAAUCCCACCCACCGCCCUGGACCUGGCUCAGAGUUGUCUCCAGAUGGAUCCAGAAAGACGCGCCCAGUGUUCAGAACUACUCGAACAUCCUCUGUUCACUCAGGACUCUUUCCACAUCCGAUUUUUGGACGAGUUGAAUGCAAAGAUCCAGAAAGACCACAGAGAAAACUCUACCCUUCCCAAAAUAACCAAAACCCCAAGACGAGAAAGGAACGAAGGGGAUGACAGGAACCGGAGAAGCAAAGAGAAGAAACAAACUGAAGAUCUGGACGAGAGAGGCAACAAGGAAAUGGAGAGGAAGGAGGAAGAGAAGAUGGAGAAAAAUAAAGGAAAGCAACCUUCAAAGCUUUCUAAAACUAUUCGAAACCCCUCGGAGCCUCUAUCAACCAAACAAUCCAAAACUGUAGGCGCAAAGAUUGAUAAUGUCGCAAAAACAACUGUGCCCGUGAAAAGUAAACCAGGGAAAGUCACUGUUGGGGAUCAGAGAAAAGAACCUGAGGUGUCAAAAUCAACUAAAACCUUUACUUUGGAUUCAUUAGAGUCUACCAAGACUGCAACAGAUCUAAAGGACAAUAACACAUUGGUAGCUAAACAAGGAAAAGUUGCUUCUCUGGAAACAGAUGGAGGAUUCAGUGGCUUAGAGAUUGGUAGAUCUAUCAAAUUGGAGCUUAACCAAGACUUUGGGAAGAACUGGACCAACACAAAAGUGCUUAAAUUGUCUAAAACCUCAACUAGGGACCAUACAAUUGGGGUGUAUUCUCCAAAAGCAUCAUUAAAACCAACCCUUGAUCGUACAGAUACUUCCUUAACACAGAAAAUGGGAAAGACCUCCAUUACAGAACACCCUGAAGGUGCUUCCACUUCUAAAAUAUCAAACGCUGAUCAAGUAGAGACAAGUUGGACACUUAAAUCGACUCAACCAUCAAGUAAUGACCACAUUAAGGUUGCUACCACAACUAUCCCUCCUGUCAACAAGCCAUGCAAGACGACUUCAGGGAAUCAGAACGAAACUUCAACCACAAACAAAGAGCAAAGAGAGACCUCUGAAUGUCCGAAAGUCUUACCCUCAAACUCAAAGACAUCUAAGACUACCUCAAACUCAAAAAUGACCAAAAACAACACAUUUGUGUGUAAUCCUUCAAAGACGCUUCUCUCAGAUAUUUCAAGGGAGUCCUCAACAGUUUUUAGAGAAGCCACUCCUGUCCAAAGCACGUUAACAACAGCUAAAGGAACCUCAAAGUUUCCCAAUACUGGCUCGUAUUCAGAUGCUAAACCAACAAGAGGCCUUCCAACGGACAGGGGACUUUCAGAAAUAUCAGCCAAAACUCAACAGGAUAUCAACGAGGCAAACAACUUUGAGAUUUACAAUGCUUCAAGUGGAGACUACAAGGAGAAUCCUGAAUCUUCUGAGCCCUCUAGUGUCUAUCAACUGAGGACUCCUACAUCCAAAAUCACUGCAGAAUCCAGAACCACUGUGGCGAUUGAAAUCUCUGAAAGCAAUGAACCAUUAGGAACCAUUAUUCCAAAGACAUUGAAAGUAUCGGACAAAGAAAACAGAGAGGAUUUAGCGCUCUCUGUUUUCAUCAGUUCAACGACCACGUCUGUAGUUGACCAAAUCUCAAAGGUUGAACCCUCUAACUACAAAUCCUUGAUCGGAGAACCCAAAAUGAAGCAUGGGUCUUUUAGUAACCACAGUAAGUCUGUCGCAACAAUGACCCUUAAGACGCAGAAAAUUACAUUUCCCACAGAGGCGAGAAAGAAAAGAGACAUCCCAGAAACAAAAGAUGGAUCAGCUGAUGCAGAUUCGACUCGUUUCAACUCUACGACUCCAGACCACAAAGCUUUGACACGAAGCUUCGUCUUCAACACGCCAGACGUUGAUGAGUUUAACAUCAGCAAGCCCCAAUCCUCUCCACCUCCACCUCCUCCCCCUCCCUCUUCCUCACCCCUCAUCCCCUCUUCACCAGUCGUCAAUCCAUCCACCAGCGAUCACUUUUCCAUGGGGUCAGGUUUCCAUCCUGGGAACCACAGCCUUAGGUUUGCAGACAAGCCGAGGCAUCACGGUGGCGUCUACGGUCGACUGUCCAACCACAUGUCUGGAUCACUCACUGCACAGGUGUCGGACAAAAGCCAGACUUGUGAGCGCUCCUUAGCGUCCGAUAGGAGAAUUACAGCGACCAAGAAGAAGUCAGACGUCCAUUUCCCAGAUUUAAGAAGCCCAGGACUGCCAGAGAUCAGAGGAAGAGAAGGGAAACUCAACAGAGGCACUUCCAAGGAUCAGAGGAAGUCAGAAGCUCAGCAGCACGGACACACCAGUACCGACUCACAAACACCUUAAAAAAACAUUAUUUUCAGUCACAAAAAACCCCAAAAGAUAUUGAAAUAUCUUAAUUCAAAUCCAUGCAUUUUGUCAAUGACAGUUAAUCAAAUUUCCUCAGGUUUGUUUUAUUAUGUUGCACGAUUUGAAAGCAUCAAACGGGUCAUUCAUGUGUGAAUACUUUUUUAACACUAACAGAAAAUGCUUUUGACAGCAUAAAAAUAAUAAAAAACUUUAAAAAAUGAACACGUUUUUUUGUUUAAUGGCAGAGGCUAUGCUAACAGCUGUAAAAAAGCACAAGCAUUGACAUUUUAAUAAUUUAGCGCAUAGUAUUUGUUAAAACGUACAAAAUAUUUACUAUAAUGCUAAAUAUAGUGUUUUUUCUAACAGAAGCCCUUUUAAGAGAAUGCAUUUAGACAUAAGUAAACCAACAUGUGUGCUAAUCCAGUGGUUCCCCCUGGGGGGCGCCAAAGAUCGCAGGGGGGGCGCCAGGCCUCAGAUGAUUUGAG